CUGACCAACGCACCUAUAAAAUGUUAUCCGUGAAAUAAGCAGGUUACAUAUGAGAAGUCCACUGGAGAUGAUCCAGCCCCGCUUGCAUCCAGACGCACAGUAGCUGAAUGGACACGAGCCCGCCAGACUCACUGGGAAAGACGAGAUCCGCUCUGUAUUCAUGUUCCGCCUCUAGUGUUAGCUUAAUAUAGUGGAGAGCCGCCUCGCUGUGCGCAGUACUGUUGAAUAUGAGCAGAUGGGAUGGAAGGCACUGAAAUUAUAGUGUCCCUGUAGUUUAGCAUCUAACAGGAUAACUUUGGGCAUUAUACCAGUUUUAGGACAUUUCCUGGACAGUUUUUGGAGCUCCGUUGUCAUUUGGCACAUGGCAGUAAGUGAAUGCAGCGCGAGCAGCGAUGAACUCGGCCGUCUUCAGUAAGUUUGAUCAGUUGCGCUUUGAAGAGAGCGGACAGAACGUGGAGAGAACCAGCAGAAGCUAUUUAGAGGUGAUUGAUGGACAACAUUCAGAUUUACUGACCAGCCACAAAGUGAUGGGUGGCACAGAAGCUCUCAAACACAGGAGAAAUGGUGGAGGGAAGGUGCGACACAAACGGCAGGCCCUGCAGGAUAUGGCUCGACCACUGAAGCAGUGGCUCUAUAAGCACAGGGACAACCCUUACCCCACCAAGACUGAGAAGAUACUGCUGGCUCUGGGCUCCCACAUGACCCUGGUUCAGGUCUCCAACUGGUUUGCGAAUGCGAGGCGUAGGCUCAAGAACACAGUUCGGCAGCCUGACUUGAGCUGGGCCCUUCGCAUAAAGCUGUACAACAAAUAUGUACAAGGCAAUGCAGAGAGACUCAGCAUCAGCAGUGAUGACACAACAUCAGAUGAUGGGGAGAAUCCUUUACAGAUUCAGGCCAGCGAAUCAGACUAUAAGAGACCCACGCACAAGAGCGAAAUUCAGGACAGCAGAGGCAAAGGGGUGGGGCGAAGCACAGACCCCUCGGUUUGUGAUGAUUAUGUGUCACCACCAAAAUAUAAGAACAGCUUGCUAAACCGCUAUUUAAAUGAUUCCCUUCGGCAUGUAAUGGCCUCCGAAAAAGUUAUGGACUCUCGGAAGAGGAACCACUCUGGAUCGUUUAGCUCCAAUGAGUACGAGGAUGAUUUUCUCUCACCAUCAUCAGAUGCUGAAGCAAACUUCACCUACCGUACAGUGACGCUGGACUGUGGCACACGCCAAUGUGAGAGCGGUGCUUGCAAAGGUGGCGGAGGAGGAAAUAACGAGACCUACUGGAAAGAGCUCCAUGCUGCCAUGGCCCUGACCAACCUGGCCCAAGGGAAGGAGAGCUCAACGCCGGGAACCACCAGCUGUAUCAUCCAGAAGUCUUCCCAUAUAGCAGAGAUUAAGACUGUCAAAGUGCCCAUACAACCCCGACAUUAGUGGCUAACAGUCUGGACAGCGGUCUGUUACUAGGUCAAAAUUGCUAAAAGACUACCUGAACACUUGAGUAUGUACUACAUGCAAUAAUUUGGUUGAAAAUGAUCCACAACAGCCUUUCUAGGAGGAAAAAUACAUGUUGACUGACCAACGUGCCUAAUGUGUUUUUUUUUUUUUUUUUUUUUUUU